AUGAAGAGACUUCUAUUCCUUUUCUUCUGUCUUGCUCUAGUGAGUGGAGCUAGGAGAGGUAAUGAAGAUCCAUGUCUGGAGAUCUUUGGGAAAACGGGACCUUGUGUAGCAUAUUUCGAAAGGUGGGGAUUUAAUCCAGAGAAAGGCCGAUGUGAAGAAUUCAUCUACGGAGGUUGUGGUGGAAAUGGAAACAACUUCGAAAGUAAGGAAGAUUGUGACAAACGUUGUAUGAACCACUACCCGAAGAAGUGA